AGUUCCUAGCUUGGAGAAGCCAUCACCUGUGCUGCCAUGAGUCGGCAUGGCAACAAUGAUGAGGAGGAGGAACAAGAAGAUUCGUUCUCAAAAAGCGUUCUCCGACUUGGAAAUGGCAAGUCGCUGGCCGUGUUCCUGGUGCCAUCCUCUCAAGUGCAUUGGGCAACCCGGGAUGUGAUGCAACAGAUCUUCCGCACUAACAGCAACAAGAAACUUCGGACUCAUGCAACCGAUAAAAGAGCAACUGCUGAAGACGAGCACCGGCUACUCUGGCCAGGCAUGAUUCCAGCAGAAUCAAAGCUCGGCUUUUCCAGGCAAAGCAUUUUUCAGAGUCAGUCUACCAGGCAGGAGGCUCUGGAACCUGACCUCUGGGCUGACGUCAACACAACUCCUACCUCAAUGGUCAUGUCUUUCUUGAAGUGGUCCAUGUCUAACAUCAAGCGAACAAGUGUUGACAGACUGCUGGCCUACGAGUUUUGGAAGCAGCUCAUGGUCAAACUCUUCAGUACCAUAGGGGGUGCUCACAUAGCAGUCCUCCGGGCAGGCGCCCGUUUUGAGGCAGCGGUGGAAAUCGAUGUCUCGGGAAAGUUUUCAACUGCAGAGUUGUGGUCAACCAGGGUUGGCGCCAGAAUGGCAUUGGUAUGGAAAUUCAGUCUCUCGAGCCUUCAGCAUGGUUUAAAGCGCUUUCAAAUGUUAUUUUGUUGGGCAGUUUGAUCCUCGUGAAUUUCAGGACUCCAGCGCCAAGUGGAGGAAGAUGAAAGCCAAGCCAAAAAGGACGAGAC